UCAAUUGAAAUGGUGAGAUUUCUUCCUUCCGACCAAGUCCUAGUGCGUGUUCCGAACCAUUUCUUGCUACGUACACUUCAGUUGAAUGGCUGGCAAGGUGACUCAAGCAACUUCGUCUACCCUACGCCUGAAACAACGGCAUCCAUAUCUACUCCCAGCUAUGAAGUUUCUUCCAGCCCCCUGACAGGCCAAGCAGACAUUUCAAACACAAGUUAUUCUAAUAAAAAGCUUAAACAAGGCCAGGUUGGUGAUGGGGACGAAUUGACAUUACAACCUGACAAAAUUUUUAUAGAGGCCUCCUCUUCUGUCUCCAGCACUUCCCUUCCCAACAAAGAAGGCCACUUUGUAUCGGCUGUUCCAGGCAAAAGUCAGGCUAUAACAGACAAACUCUCCAUUAAACCAGCAAUAGCUGAAACUUCUGCCUCCCCUUCUCAGUCUUCUGGAUUAACUGGCCGAUUAAUAUCGACUACCCUCCAGCAUCGUGGUGGCGGAGCCCAAGCAGUGGCAAGGGCUCGACGACUUGCUCAGGAAACUGUGACCCUGAGCACCAGCCUGCCGCUGACGGAGGAGAGCAGCAUCUUUUUUCGCUGUGACGAAACACAUUUGGAACUUAUGAAGUCUCUUCAAUAA